AUGACAAACCGCGACAUAAUCGCCGAUUUGAACGUUUUGGACGAUAUCGCCGAGAUGAGUUUUUACGAAGACGCAGCUGAUUAUUCAGACGAAGAGCUCCACAGUAUGGUCCAAGACGCCGAAAAGCAGUUAUUGAAACAAAAGAAUGUGACGCUGGCCGGGACUAGCAAAAGUGAUGAGAAGUAAGUUAAUCGAAGCGUUUUAUUUCACGCAGAACAAAGGUAUGGAUUGUAGUCUGUUUAUCCAAUGGUUAGCCAACGGGUCGGCUGGGCUUUUAAACCUGACAAAUAGCUUACCAAAAAGAUCGAUUGGCAUGAAAAUCUGAGCUAGACAAUUUUGCUGCCAAUCCAACCCUUCGACUAGCCUUUUGGUGGAUUAAAAUAAUAAACUUGAUCUGCGCGAAGUGAAAUGCAGCCAAUAAUUCUGUACCACAAUACUUGCCAUAUCCAAAUUCCUUAUUAUUUAUGACUCAAACUGGAGGAUUGUUAUUUUAGACCAACCACAUCACGAAAAGCCAGUGCCCAGAACAUGGAAACAUUGGGGCAGGUCCCCAAAACUUCAAGCAGUGACAAUUCGAGUAUUGAGAAACUCAGUCGUAAGCCUAUUACCGUUUAAAUCAAUUAAAAAAUGCGUAAUUUCUCAUUGUAAUGUCUAAAGUUUCCCGAGUUUCAGCUCGAAGUCGCCGUGGUACCCAGAGUUCGAAACGUCGUCGAAAUAAAGGAGAUGCCAAGUCAGAUGAGAGUACCAACAGUCACAACUCAAAUGAAAUGCCCGGUUGGAGAGUUGUGAAUCAUAUGGUAGGUCAGAAAUUACAGUCAGAACAUUGUUUAGGACACCUACGCAUACCCAAUGUUAUUCCAAAUCGAGAAAACCGUUCAAACAAUGCAAACUCAAUUGAGAGACAUUGAGUUUAACAACUCUCUACAACUACGAUUAAUGCAAAAAAUGGUGAAGAGUGUGAUUGCGAGUAGAAGACAGGAAAGAUUAUCAUCGAAUCUCCCGUUCGGAGUUUGGAUUCUGAUGUUCGUUUGGCCUCUACUCUUGCAAUUCGUCUACUACUGGUACAAAAGGUGAGUCUUUACUUCAUUUAUGCUUCUAUUACUACAUAACUUUUUACGCAACCUACAAAAUUUUUUUUUACCUUAAUUUUUCAGAAAUCGACACAACUUGAUGUUAGCCUUCAUGGAUUACAUGUAA